CUCGUGUCUCCUCUAAAAACAAAUUUGUCUCUAACCAAUAAAACAAUUAUAUGGUACCACUAAAAUAUUCCAAAAUAUUAAUUGGACCCAACGUGUAUAUCGAAAAUAAUUUAAAAGAGAAAAUGUUCUAGAAUCUAGAGGAAGAAAAUAACUCACCAGAAAUAAGAAAGAAGAAGAAGAGAUAUAGAUACAUUGAACCUAGACAUAAAACCCACCCAAACCCCAGUCUCAAAGACGCCUAUUAAUAAGGAACGUUCAAGAACCAAAACAAAACACAAAAAAACUCAAAGUGACCAAAAUAACCAAAAGGAGAAAUCUUUAGAAAACCUUUAAAAGUUCUUAAAAAUGGGGAAAGGAGGAAACUAUGUGACGGUGGCGGCUUCCGAAGUGGACGAGCUACGACGGAAGAACGGAGAGAUGGAGAAAGCUGUGGAGGAGAUGAAGAAAGAGAUGUUGCAGUUGUGGCGGCGGACACAGGUGGCGGAAGAAGCGGAGGAGCGUCUCUGCUCACAGCUAGCCGAGCUUGAAGCAGAAUCUUUAGACCAGGCUCGUGAUUACCACUCUCGUAUCAUCUUUCUCAUGAACGAGCUCUCUCGUCUUUCUUCAGACUCUGCCUCUGCCUCUCCGUAGAAUUAGAUAGAUAUUUGCUUUUAAAGAAAGAUAGGUUUUUUAGAUUGUUUGAUGUAUCCUCUUAUCGGCUCAUAUCAAUGCCAAUAUGUAGAGUUGUCUUUAAAACAAAUAUGGAAGUUUCAAUCAAAAAAAAAAAUCGAUGUUGUUACCGAUUGAUUUUUGCGAUUAAUGAUGAAUGAAAAGUCUUGAAAAC